AGUGUUGACGAGUGGGACGUGUCGACUUGUUUAAUUGUGUCGAGUAUUUUCUUCCAGCCAAAGUCGCUCCUAAUUGAGCAAGAUGCAGCUCAAGAAUGGCACGAAGUUGCGGCUAUUCAUCUUCAGGCAACAAGGGCUGAUCGGAAUCAUUCAAGGAAUUCUGACCCUCUUAUUGCUCCAGAAGAAAACGAGCGGGAGCGAGACAUGGAUUGCUGCAAUCACCGGGGGCAUGAAUUUCGUCGUCAGUCUCGUCAUUGUGGGACACUUCGGAGUCCAGCUCGAUCCGGCAGAUGUUGUCGAAGAGCAUAACAAAGCGAUGCUCACGAUUGCCGCCGCAGUCGUCGGGAACUUCAUGGCGCUGUGCCUGAUCCUGGAUGGAAAUCGAAGCCCGGAAUUGACAAGGAUCCUCACCUUCCGAGAGGAAGGAGCUCCGCUGCAGGCUUUCGCUGUCUUCUUCUACCUCACUGUGUACGUCACCCUCUUGUUGGUGAUCGGUUUGGCUACGUACUGUCUAAUUAAUGUGUUGGAGGGCGGCGCCAUUUCCGAUGCAGAAGACGCAAAAGGAAAAAAGGAAGCGAACGCCGAGAAUGCAACCGAGGUCCUCGUCAACGGAACGGCGAACGAGAAGGACGGUAUGAGACGGGAGGAUUUCUUCAUUGAGACUAAGAUCCUUGAAGACAAGGAAGACGCUGACCCCGACGAUCGAAACGUGUUCCGCAAGAAGAACUUGAAUAGGAGAACGUCCUCGGUAUCCGAGACGGAGAAGUGUGCUUCAUCCGACCUUUGUCCCACCACCACCUCCCCCACCUCCGCCGCCGUUCUUGUGGACGCGGAGAACCGAUGGGAUUAUUCGAGCGAAUGA